AUCGCACUCGGCAACGACCCUCAACCUCACAGAUAUUCUACAUCGCCAGAACACCCGCAAAUUUGUCGCAACGAUAUUCGCUUGCAUCAACAACAUUCACAUUCCGAUACCGAUCCCAACGACCCCUUAACCACCAUGAGAUUCCUCCCCUUCAUCGCCGCUGCCCUCGCAGUGGUUCCCGGCGCGCUCGCCGUCGACCAGAAGAAGUCGGCCAUCGUCUGGUUCAACGACGAGUCCACUCCCGAUUCCGUCGUCAACGAGGUUAAGGACUCUCUCAUCAAGGCUGGCGGCAAGAUCACCCACAUCUACACCAUCAUCAAGGGAUUUUCCGUCAUCGCGCCCGAGAAGGCCCUCGAACUUGUCCGAACGUCACACGCCGAUCACCAGAUCCAGGUCGAGGAGGACGAGGUUGUCUCUGUAUCCUAG